UUCCAUUAUUAAAAACAUAAGGUAACGUUAUUGCUAACGUUACAUUGAUGUAGGCGGGUCAUCAAUGCAGUUUUUCGCUCGUCCCGACUGCUCAUCUGCGUUGCUAACAUAUGUGAUGCUAACAUAUGUGAUGCAUAGCUAGUUAGCUAAACCACUGACUUUUAGCAUCUUGUCUCGUUUUACGACCCUACAAAUGUACGUAGUUGUAGUUUGGUGCAUUUUGGAAUAUGAGAUUGAGAGAAAGUGACAAUUCAUCACCCUUCUUGCAGGGCACAACUAAUUACGUCAUAUUAGUGUGUAGCUUUCCGCGUCGGAGCCAUGUUGGUAAAAGACAAGCUGGAGGCGGUGCUGAACGUGGGGCUGCGUGUCCCCAGCAUCAUGCUGCUGGAGGUACUUUACCGCUGGGAUGUCAGCUCCUUCUUCCAGAAGAUCCAGAGAAGCAGUCUCAACAACAACCCUCUCUUUCAGUACAAGUACCUGGCUCUCUACCUGCACUAUGUUGGUUACAUCCUCAGCCUGGUGCUCCUGACUCUGCCUCGUCAGCACCUGGUGAAGCUCUACCUGUACGUGCUCACUGCCCUGCUGCUCUUCGCCGGACACCAAGUCUCCAGGGAUUAUGUCCGCAGUGAGCUGGACUCCGGGUACGAGGGACCGCUCUACCUGGAGGCGCUGUCCAUGAACCGUUUCUCCACCGCCCUCAUAGCUCAGCUGGUGGUGUGCACCCUGUGCUCCUGCGUCAUGCAGACCAAGAGGAUCUGGCUGUUCUCUGCUCACCUGCUCCCCCUGGUGGCGCGCCUCUGCCUGGUCCCCCUGGAGACCAUCGUGUUCAUUAACCGCUUCGCCAUGAUCUUCACGGGCCUCGAGGUCAUCUACUUCCUGGCCUCCAAUCUGCUGGUGCCCUACAACCUGGCCAAGACCGCCUACAGGGAGCUGGUGCAGGUGGUUGAGGUGUAUGGGCUGCUGGCUCUGGGGAUGUCCCUGUGGAACCAGCUGGUUCUGCCCGUCCUCUUCAUGUGCUUCUGGCUGGUGCUGUUUGCCCUGCAGAUCUAUACCUACUUCAGUAGCCGCGACAAGCCCACCUCCAGAGAGAGGUUGCUCUUCCUCUUCCUCACCAGUAUUGCAGAGUGCUGCAGCACCCCCUACUCCCUGCUGGGCCUGGUCUUCACCGUGUCCUUUGUGGCGCUGGGCGUCCUCACCCUCUGCAAGUUCUACCUGCAGGGCUACCGGGCCUUCAUGAAUGACAACACCAUGCAUCGGGGAAUGACGGAGGGCAUCACGCUACUGAUCCUGGCUGUGCAGACGGGUCUGAUUGAGCUGCAGGUCAUCCACCGAGCCUUCCUCCUCAGUAUCAUCCUCUUCAUCGUGGUGGCCUCCAUCCUGCAGUCCAUGCUGGAGAUAGCUGACCCUAUCGUACUGGCUCUGGGGGCCUCACGGGACAAGAGCCUGUGGAAGCACUUCCGGGCCGUGAGCCUGUGCCUGUUCCUGCUGGUCUUCCCAGCCUACAUGGCCUACAUGAUCUGCCAGUUCUUCCACAUGGACUUCUGGCUCCUCAUCAUCAUCUCCUCCAGCAUCCUCACCUCACUGCAGGUGCUGGGCACCCUGCUAAUCUACAUCCUGUUCAUGGUGGAGGAGGUCCGUAAGGAGCCCGUACAGAACAUGGACGACGUCAUCUACUACGUGAACGGGACCUACCGGCUGCUGGAGUUCCUGGUGGCGCUCGUGGUGGUGGCCUACGGCGUGUCUGAGACGGUGUUCGGGGAGUGGACGGUGAUGGGCUCCACCAUCAUCUUCAUCCACUCCUACUACAACGUGUGGCUGCGCGCCCAGCUGGGCUGGCAGAGCUUCCUGAUGCGCCGAGACGCCGUCAACAAGAUCAAGAGCCUGCCCACUGCUUCCGACCUGCAGCUGGAGCAGUACAAUGACAUCUGUGCUAUCUGCUAUCAGGACAUGAAGUCUGCCGUCAUCACCCCCUGCAGUCACUUCUUCCACGCUGGCUGCCUCAAGAAGUGGCUCUACGUACAGGAGACCUGCCCCCUCUGCCACAAACAGCUGAAGAGCCAAUCACAGCCCGCCAAUGCCACCGCUGCACCCGCCCAGGACAUUCUUCCAGCCAAUCCCAACCCAGCAGAGGCUGGGCAAGGAGAGCCAGUGGCCAGUGUGGCUGAAGGGAACAAAACGGUGACUCAGAACGGUGUUCCUGUUGAAGAGAGCCAAGCCAGAUCCUCUUCCUCCCAUGCUAACCCUGACCCAGAGCCUGAGGGCCAGGCAGAGGAGGCAGGUCCAUCACAGGGCUCAGGGGAGUCAUGUCUCAGGCAUCGCCAGCCCCAGCAGUCUGCCUCCUGCCCUGAAGCAGCAUCAUCCACAGCAUGUGCAGCUGACCUCCAGUUAGAACUACAACGGUCUGCCAGCCCCUGCUGCCUCUGAGCCUCGCUCAUGCACCCCUCCUCACACACAGCUAAAGACUAUUCAUCCUCAAGUGGCUAAUACUUACGACUUCGCCAUGACAGGUUAACUGUUGGACUUUCCCUAUUGCCACUAUCCAACACCUUCCCCUUAACAAACGUAUCUAUUUGUUGCCUGUUACUUAAAGUAUGGUCUUAAACGUCAUUCAUUAACAUUUCAUGGUUAAUUCAUUUAAUUCAAGUACAUUUCAUGGUUAUUAAUCCUACAGGAUUUCAUAUAUGAAAUCUGACAGACUUGAGUGACGCCAUACUGAACCUCCAUAUAAUUUCACUGAGAAAUCUGCAUCGAUUUCUCUCACUUAGCAUCAAAAUAAGUAAGUAGCCUUGCAUGAGCCUUGGCUUGUGCUCUGAACGGCUCAUAGGAGCAGGAGCCUAUCUCCUAUUUCUGUAGCGUGAGGCAGGUUGAUGUACAGGUACACCCCCUGGACAGGACGCUAGUCUAUCGCAGGGCUUUAAUCUCAAUCGAUCUCUUAAACUCUUGAGUGCCAAGCAGAGACUCAUUGGUGUUCCCGUUUUUUAUCUUUAGUGUAUGACUCGGGCCGGGGAUCGAACUCACAACCUUCCAAUCUCAGGGUGGGCACUAACAACAAGACCACUGAGUUAGAUGAACAACAAUUUGACCGUUGACAGCUAUUAUACUGUACCAUCUAUCUAGCGUAAGACAAACAGUCAAAAUAUAACAUUUGAGAUUUCAUUAACUCUCAUUCAACAUAUUUCACACACCUUUUCCCGUCUUUAGGUCACUUAACGUUAGCUCACUAUUUUGCCACUCCCAAGUGUUUUCCCUCCUUCCGACCCUGGUUGGGCCUCGCCGACCCUCUCCUGGCCUUGUGGCCCACCCUCCCUCAACUUGUUCUGCUUGAUGAUUGGUUACACAACAACCUUACCAAGUAAGGGCUCAGGGUGGGAAAGGCGCUGUGGAGGUCGGAGACACACUCACCGGAUGUGUGCUUGACAUUCAUAUACUGAAGAGAACAGACAGAGGCACUUGAUGUAGAAGCUUUAUACGCACGCUUAGGCUUGCACGCUGUCACCAUCUGGUGGCUGUAGAAACUUUUAUUUUCAUGAUAUGUAGCCCACGUGUUAUGACAUUUGCACUAAUGUCAUUUAUAGCGACGUUCCAAAGUUGUUUUUUGUCAGGUACUAAAUAUUUUUGGUUUGUACGAGGAAAGACCUAUAAAUGUGUGUGUGUGUGUGUGUGUGUGUGUAUAUAACCGUUCAUAUAUUAUAUGAAAAGGACUUUUGAUAUGCCUGCCAUACAGUGUAAAAGCUGCACCGUCCAAUAUGAAGUGAUCUGAGGCUUGUGUGAACACUUCAGUGCCCUCUGUAGGUAUAGGUGUGAUGGGUUGAAGAUCACAGAUUGAGAGAGGUGUCAGCACUGAAUUUACCUUCAACAGUAUUUUUGGGGCAUUUGUUACAGUUUUGAGAAUGAAUACAUGUUAUGUAUGAUCAAACUUGUAAAUGCUCCAUUUAAAUUAAUUUGUAGCGAGUUGGUGGCUUUAGCACAUUUUUCUUGAAGGUAAAUUGUGAGAAGCGGCUGAGUGUGAAUAGUAUUUUACAUACAUCAUAAUAUUGACAUUUGAAGAGGACUUCUUUUAGCAUUUUGAAAUGCUUUCCUGUUUGGGAUUUUGUUUCUUUGUGUUGAAGACCUACAAUUUAAUUAUGUUUCGAUUUGUUUUUUUCCCUUUCUUAUUUUGGUUUUUUUUAUAUACAAAAAGAACGACAUGCUCUGUGAAUGCUGAAUUCCAGUCAAGUUUCUGUAUUGUUUGGUGAGAAAUUUGCCUGGUGUCGCCUUUAUUGUACAAAACUGAAUGUCAAAUAAAUUCCACCAUCCAAUUUUAA